AGAGGAUCUGUAUGACUGUCCGCCAGACGCCACACAAACUCAGCAGCAGAGAGAACCAAAGAUGUUUCUGCCUCGGGCUAGCGACAUUGAACUGUUUCAUUUGGUCCUUACGGAGGACACUGACCAAUUAGAGCGGUAUCUACAGGACACAGCGCCUUGCGAAACACUGGAAGUCGUAGACACGACGCAGCGCACCCUGUAUCACUACGCUGCUCUCUCCAAGAACAAGAAGGUGCAGGAGAUGAUACUCCAACACGUGGACUCCUACCAUGACGCGAAAUUUGAGCUUGAGCUGCAGACUCUGAUGAGGAAGAAAGCGCAGAUGAACAUCUGGAUGCAAGACACUGAAGAGCAUGGGAAAGAAUGGGUGCCACCUCGAGUGAAAGAGUUGCAGCGGCAAACGACGCAGCAAAAGUGCGCCGACUGGGCAAGAAUCUGCAGCAAAGUGGACGAGAAUGGCCGCACGUUGUUCCAUUACAUUUCUACAACGACGUAUUUUAUUCCUAAUCACGACGACUACGAGCUCUGUAGUGUCCUUCGCAGUCAGCCUAACAUACUUUCGACUAAAGAUAAAUUCAAGAAGUUGCCACUUCACUAUGCCGUCGAAAGUGGAAAUCUGAAGCUAGUCAAGUGGGUUUUCCGGAUGGGUAUUAAACUGAACCAAGCGGACGUCGACUUGUUACUCUCGUUCAACGUGUCCCGCGUCAUGGAAAAUGUCCUAUUGCGCCAGCUUGAAGCUGUCGACUUCCGAAAUUACUAUCUUUCCAAUCGUAGUGUGGAUACGAGCGAUGUUACGUGCGAUCCGGGGGUUAGCACCUUUGUCCUCGCUAAACUGCAUCGGAAAACAGACGACAGUACAGGGCAUCGACACCAGCUACCGAUCCAUCGAGCUGCGAUGUUCGGGAACAUCCGCGCUGUGGAGCUUCUUCUCGAAGAAGGGGCAGACCCCAAUACUCGAGAUGCCAACAAAUGGACCCCGUUGCAUUAUUGUGCGGAUGAGGCUACACCCCGACACCUGAUCAUUGCUCAACUUCUCGUGGAAUCAUCAAAACGUGUCGAUGUUAAUGCCAAGUCGCUGAAAGGAAGAUCUCCGCUUCACAUCGCCAUUCGCUCUAUAAAUCACAACACUCGAAACAACAAUGGGGCAGAGGCGUGCGAGUCUCAAGAUCGACUUUCAUUUGUGACUUAUCUUCAUGAAUGUAGGGCGAACUUGGAUCUUAAGGACAACCACGAAGCCACACCGUUACUUCUGGCUUGUCGUGGCGGUGACGUCGGUGUGGCUACAUUCCUGUUACGUGCAGGAUGUGACCCAACUGCGGUGGGGGAUAACAAGUGGAACCCGUUGCAUUUUGCAGCAAUUCGAGGUAACCCCAGUAUGGUGCAGUUCCUGCUGUCGUGGGAUGCUGACUCGCGACUCUGGAUCGACUCACCCGGUAUUCAAGGGAGGAGGCCAGUUGAUGUCUCAAAGAACAAUAGUAUCCGGCAAAUGCUAGUUAACCUGUGGAUGGAAUGCUACAAUGGAAACGUAGAUCAUGUGAGGCGACUGCUAUUAACUCGCUCGAAGGAACACUCGCAAGCAUCUCAAGGAGUUCAAUUAAUGUCUGUGAAAGAUACAACAACCCAAACAGAGAGAACCUCGCUUCAUUUAGCAAUUUCGGGAUACAUGAAGGCGUUGGAGUUACCCGAACCUAAAAUCUCUCUCACUCCGUCGCUUGAAGAGCGUCUGAAACAAGCUAAAGCAUCCGAAGUGAGGAAAUCUGCCCCUAGACGAUAUUUGCAGGUCGCGAUUCUCUUGCUUCAAGCUGGAGCAGAUUUAAGCACUGCAGACAGAUGGGGAAUCACGCCACUCAUGCUUGCAGCUAGUAUCAAGGACCCUGUCUUCAUGGAAACGCUCCUUGAACGUUUACCAGACGACAAUGACCUGCUAGUCGUCGAUACGGAUGGAAACACAGCUCUACAUUACAGCUAUGCGUUCUGCCAGGCUCAUAUCUCAACAAUGCUGGAAGAUCGGAUGGACGACUCAGAAAUUGAGAACAAACAAGGCAAAACACCUUUCGAGAUGACGGGAUAUCGCGACAAAAUCUAUCCAAAAGAAUAUCGCGGUUUUCUUCAACAGCAACGAGAUUUACGGAACCAGUUCUACGAGAAAUAA